CUCUCUCUCUCUCUCAUACUGGUGGAUUGGCGUGAUUUUGAAUGGUGAGUUGGUGAUGAAUCUACUGGAGUGAGCACCCACUCUUUUCAUCGUCGAGAGCUUCUGGCUUCUCUGCGUCGUCAAUGGCGAUUCACAGAAUCCCAAAGAGUAAACAGAAACCCAGAUCUCCAGUUCUCUUGCUGGUGAUCUCCAUUGCCGUAAUUGCCUUUCUCUGGCUAUUUUGCUCUUCCAGUUCUAUGGCAGGGUUCUCUUUUUCCUCUGCAAGAACCCUGGUUAAUGUGAGGGGACUGAAGAAAGACAGGAAUUAUGGGUUGGAGAAGUAUUUGUAUUGGGGGAAUAGAAUUGAUUGCCCCGGGAAACAUUGCGAUUCCUGCGAGGGUUUGGGUCAUCAAGAGUCGAGCCUGAGAUGUGCUCUUGAAGAAGCCUUGUUCCUUCAGAGGACUUUUGUAAUGCCUUCAAGAAUGUGCAUUAAUCCAAUACACAAUAAGAAAGGGAUCCUCCAUCAGUCCAAAAAUGCAAAUUCGGAGGAAGAGUGGGCAGCAAGCUCUUGUUCCAUGGACUCUUUGUAUGAUUUGGACCUCAUCUCUGAUACCGUGCCUGUAAUCCUUGACAAUUCCAAAAUAUGGCAUCAAGUGCUAUCAACAAGUAUGAAGUUGGGAGCCAGGGGAGUGGCACAUGUGGAGGGAAUUAAUCGGAUUGAUCUCAAAGAAAAUAAUGCUUACUCUAAUCUCUUGCUGAUAAACCGUACUGCAAGCCCUCUCUCAUGGUUUAUGGAGUGCAAGGAUCGAAACAACCGUAGUUCUAUAAUGUUGCCACACUCAUUUCUCCCUUCAAUGGCGACCAAGAAGUUAUGGGAUGUAGCAGAGAAGGUUAAGAGGCUCCUUGGUGAUUAUGAUGCCAUCCAUGUGCGUCGAGGUGACAAGAUUAAGACAAGAAAAGACAGGUUUGGUGUUGAGAGGAGUCUUCAUCCUCAUCUAGACAGGGAUACCCGUCCAGAAUUUAUUCUCCGUAGAAUUGCAAAAUGGGUCCCACCAGGAAGAACCCUUUUCAUUGCUUCAAAUGAGAGGAAACCAGGAUUCUUUUCACCUCUCUCUACCAGGUACAAAUUGGCAUAUUCAUCAAAUUACAGCCUUAUCUUGGAUCCAGUAAUUGAGAAUAAUUAUCAAUUGUUCAUGAUAGAGAGGUUAAUCUUGAUGGGGGCAAAAACAUUUAUUAGAACAUUCAAGGAAGAUGAUACUGAUCUCAGCUUAACAGAUGAUCCAAAAAAGAACACCAAGGAUUGGCAAAUACCUGUUUAUACCAUGGAUGAAUAGGAGAGCUAAAUUUGUAAUGCUCUUAUUUUUUUUUGCAUUUGUUGCCUUUUCCUCUUGAGAUACAACAUAACUAGAUGCAAGGAACUGGGGGAUUUCAUAUUCUACCUCUGGGCAGAGAAGGGGCAUGGGGAGAAUGGAAAAGUAAAACAAUUUAUUGAUGUUGUAAAUGUUAGUUUGAAGUUACAAACGUCACAAGUCACUCAUCUGGAACAAGGGAAAAAAAAAGUAAAAGAGGCUCUAUUCUGAAUCUUUUACCUCAUAUAAAAGUGAGUGUUCAAUUGAGUUUUAGUUUACUUUGUUCUUUCCUCCAUUGGACACAUAAAGUUACCAACGUUCUUGAUCUG